AUGCUUCCGCAACUGCAGGCUCAUCCAGCCGGGGCGACACGUGUGUGUGUGGACGGCGCACAUGUCUUGACGGGCGGCACCGAUGGUGUUGUGACUUUUUAUCCGAAGAAACGAUGGCCGUCUUGCAAGCAGCUUUGGGCUCGACAGUGUCAUGAUGGAGCCGUCACAUGCGUCGCGCUGCAUGCGGUGUUGGGAUUGGCGAUAUCGUGCGGCCGGGACGGUAACGUUGUCCUGCACGAGAACGUGCUUUCCGCCUCCACCUCACGCGUUAUAUGUCGUGUUACCGGUGAAGUUCGUUGUGUCUUGUUUGACACGGAGCGACGGCGUGUGUUUAUUGGUGGUGAUUCCCUGCGUUGUCUGCAAAUGUCGCCACAAGGCUGCAGUGUCCAGACUAUGCCGAUGAAUGUUCCACAUCCGUUAGUUGGCCUUGCCUUAUCUCCAUGUGGAAAUCUUAUUUCCAUGGCCUCUGCGAGCGGUGCCGUAGGCGUCGUGUCUGCAUGCACUUCUAUCAGCACACAGGCAACACCCUUUUCUCAAGAGGAACUUUUGCCAGAGCAUCAGGCUGCUAUGGAGCGGCUCAAAGGCGUCUGUUUUGUGCUUCCAAAACUUCUCUCCCCGACAGCGAAGCGUGACGACGCUGUCGCCUACCGACUGUGUUGGGCUCGUGGGGGCGAUGGCUCUCUGCUGCUACUUGUCCCCGGUGUGACGGAGGCACAAGUGCUGCGCUUUGAGGAGGCCACGUCACCGCCAUACAAGCACCGUCUCCGGCCCAUUGCUGGGAUUGACAGCUUUGGCAUGACAGACUUACUGGGUGUCACGUGCUACUCCCUCUCGACAAACAUUCUCUGCGUUGUGCUUGCUGGCACCACCGGCGUUGUUGUCGCGAAGGUGGACGCCCGCAAGUGGGUGGUGACGCGCCUACAGGGGCAGAGUUUUGCAGAUGUGACGGACGUCCAUGUGGAUGCGAUGAGCGGCGAUGUUGUCGUUGGGACGCGGGACGGUGUUGUCACGUACCUGCGUCGUGAGGCGCCAAAGGCGUUGGGCUCGAAGAGGACGGCGGAUGCGGGCGCCGGGCCUGUCGCCGGCAACACCGAUGUCUCAAAGAGGAAAAAGAUGCGAAGGGAAAACAGAAUGAACGACGGAGAAAAGGCGCAGGACGGCGUCAAGAAGAAUCCCCAGGACACUCGUCGUCAACCGGAUGGCGAUGACGGUGAGAAUGGCGGUAUCAUCGGCGUUAGCAGCAGUGAAAGCGGCAGCGAUGUGGACGAUGGAGCCUCGUCAUCAUCUUUCACCUCCGUCGCCAAGGAAGACUUCCGGCAGGUGGUGGAUGAUUUGAAACGUACCAAUCCAAAUUACAAGGAUGAUGACAGUGAAGAGGAGGAGCGACCUUCACGGUGGCGGAGUCAGAAUCCAAAAGAGGUUCUUCGAAUUGCUGAGGAGGCUUGCCGUAAGCAGCGCUCUGUAUUUCUUGACGACGAGGCAGAAGAGUCGUCUGAUAACGAUAGUGAAGGCAAUGACGUCAUGGAAGGGGAGGAAUAUGUUAGUCGUGAACACGGUCAUAAUGGUCAAGAUGACAGCGGGUCAGUGGCGGAUGCGACAGAUGAAAACGAGUCAUUGGCAUCGUUGCAUCCGCCACAUGAUUUCUCUCUGCGAGCAAAAAACGCAGAUACAGGGACGGCUGUGUUUGAUUAUUCCUUUCAGAUUGGCGCGACACCUGUAGGGGAGGAGGGAAGUUGUUAUCUGGCGUACAACUCUGUUGGCUACAUUCACAGCACUGCCGACGGCACCAAUAUCCAUUUUCACGACAUGUCUAUUCAAGCAGUGCGUAUUUUGGAACGUGGCACCAUUUUAAUGGCUGCGUUGAGUCCUGUGGGAGCCGCAUUUGUGUUGACGCAGGACGCUGAAAUGGACAGCGUGGACGACACGCCGCGUUUGACUUUAUACUACCGCACGUUUGUCGCCCUUGGGGCGCAGUCAGAUUGGCGUGUGCGGCUUUACCCAGGCGAAACUGUUCGCUGCCUUACUGCCGGUAUUCGUUUCACUGCAGUCGCGACGAGCCGUUAUCUGCGGCUCUUCUCCCUUUCUGGGCUUGAGCUCGCCGUGCUCAGCCUUUUUCCUCGCAUCGUUGCGAUGGUGGGAACAAACAGCAGUAAAAUUAUGCGCUCCUUCAAGGCCGACUUUGAUCCGCUCGCGGUGUGUUAUUUGGAGAGUGGUGGGGAGAUGCGGCUGCAGGUGCUUGACGUGGGCUCGCGCUCCGUCGUUUUACCCCCUGUUGUUGUCCCUCUCACCACGCAUUCGGAUGGUAGUUUGCAUCAGCUGCAGUGGAUGGGGUGGUCCGAGGACGGUCCCCUGCACUUCGCUGACACCGCUGGGGUGUUGCGCAUGUUUACAUUCAAUUGGGGAGGGAGUUGGAUCCCGGUGCUGGAUCCGCGGUGCAUGGCGGACCAGACGUACAACUUGUGGAUAUGGGGCGUCAGCGACGAGGCAGUGUUUGCGUACCGUUCGUGCAAGAGCGACCCGCCGUACCCCGCUGCUAUCGCCAGUGGUUUACCAACGGAGCACGUGCGCCUGUUCCUUCCACUCACUCGGUGCGGUACGGAGAGGGAUAUGGUCACGUGGGACCACCUGCUGCGACGGGAGGUGCGUGCGGAUGAGGUGAAGCGACGCAGCACGUUUUACACCGCCGUCAUUGCCAAACACGACGCGUUGCACGACAAGAAGAUCAUUGAACUUUUUAAAAAUGCACUGAAAGAACAUCAGACGACACGUGCCCUGGAUCUAGCAACGUAUCUUGAACUAAGAGACAACAUUGAGGUGUGCGCCAAGGAAGCCAACGCGCAGGGACACGGGAAACUUGUGCAGAAGUUACUUGCGCUGCUGGAGGUGCGGGUGAAGGCAAAGAAAAAGCGUCGGUGCACGUUGCCGCUUGAGGGGUCCGUCGUUAGUGAACGCGAGAGGGACCUGCUUUUGCGGAAGAUGCUGGCGAAAGAAAAGACCUCUGGCGCCGGAGCGCCGCAGCCGGCUGAGGGGGCGGUUGAAGCGACGGAGAAGGAAGUUUCGCCGCCGUCUUCCGCAGGAGUUUGCGCGGUAACGACGCCAGAGCGACGGUCACGUGUCGAUGACGCCCCCACUUCUGUUGCGAGUCCAUCGAGACGGCACGUGACCUUCACGGAUCAGGAGGGAACAUCGCCAACGAAACGGCUUGCGGAGGUCACGACCACAACCCCAAGCCGCAGUGUGAACAGGGAGAGUAGCCACAGCCCCCAGCAGCCGACCCAGUCGAAAACACCGCCUACCCGCACAAAGCCACAAAACCCUUUUAGCAAGCCUGCAAAGACGACGAUGAUGACGUUUACAAGUUCGUCGGCGCAACCACCGCCGGUCAGCCGCCCGUCAUCUUUUUUGGUGCUUGGAGACUCGCAGUCGUCGAUGGUUCUUGACAUGGCGGAGGGACUGGAAGCGCAAAGGAAGCAGGAGCAGAAGUCGGUUUCUCCGGCGGCCAGCUUGUCAAAGCAGAGUACCGACAUGAAGACAUGCUCACCAGAACCUUCUGCUGCCGCUGCCAGCGAAGGCAACAGCCGCAGGAACAGCGUCCCCAUUAAUGGCAACAAGCGAGUUUUUUCACCCGUUAUUGACGCUGCUAAAGAACACCUGCGUCCAGCUGCCAACCUUUUUUGCCCAAAGGCGCUCCCUGUUGCGCGUCCCGCCGCGCUGGUGGCAACAGCAGACACGACAGCCGAUGUUGUAGUGGAUCCAUUCCUUGACCAGCUAGAGGGCGGCACCCCUGUCACACUCGAGGCACUACUGGUGGAUGUGGGUCACGAGGCGUCGCAGAACGUUGCCCCACGCAGCGCCUCAUUUGGAGAAGCGCUGCGUAAACGAUACCGUGAGGAGGAGGAAGAGCACGACGAGGACGGGGAUGGGGGCGUGAUGGAUAUGGCGGUGCCGCGUAUGGCGUUUUAA